AUGCGUAGGGCGACCGAGAAGACGCAGUUCACAGGGGCCGAUCAGAGGACAUGGGACGAGAAUUGGCCGGAGUUGCAGCUGGCGGUAAACACGAGGGUUCGCGGAGACCACCGGACACUCGCCGGCAUUUAUAACGCAGGGAAGAGAACCGGCAGGUGUACACAGACGCCCGCAGAAAACGCGGAAAAACUGAAGGAGAUCUUCGAACUGGUGCGGAGAAAUAUGGAAAAGGCAGCGAGGGUCAGGAGCGCCACUACAAUCUCCGAAGAAGGCCGUGGAAACACAAGGUGGGAGAAACAGUAUGGGCCGAAGAGCACCACCUGUCGAAAGCAGUCGAGGGCCUCGCGGCGAAACUGGAACCAAGGCUCGACGGGCCUGAAGAAGGGGGAAGACGCAACCGCAACCGCCAUUGCUGAAGCCACCGUUGCCGCCGACACCACCGCCGCCAUCGCAGCCACCAACACCACCGACGCCGUAGCAACAGCCACAGCCGACGCCGUAGCCGCCGAAGCCGGAGCCACAACAACAAGGGUUGCCGCAGCCACAGCCGUCGUUGCCGCCCACGUCGCCGCCGACGCAGCCGCAUCCCCCACCACCGCCAGCACCGCCGACGCAGCCGCAUCCACCACCACGCGCACCGACACCGCAGCCAGCACCACCCACGCCGCCGCCUGCAGACGCUGCGCACGAUCGGCAUGGGCGGCCGCCGGUGGCUCCAGCAGACCGGGUGGUAGAGGAGGCAGAGACCCAGGCAGGCAGAAGGCAUUAGGACCGCUGGGCCAAACUGUUCAUGCUGAACGGCCAGCGGUUCCGCCUGAAGUAUCGGUGGAGUUGCCAGAGAUGAAAAGCGAAGAGAAGGCGGGAAGUUUGAAUACCAAGCGGGUGACCAUAAGCAGACGGCAACAGAUGCAGGAAGCUGGAGAAGGGCGCGAGGAUCGAGAUGCCGAGCCGAGACGUCGAACAACAGGGUCUACUAGGCUGAGACUGCCGGGCUAA